CGAAAGUGAUGUCAGUUUCUCUGGAGGUGCAGUGGAGAGUGUGUGUAUAGUAGCGGCUCUCUGUCAUGAUCUGUGACUUGGGUGUACCGUCGGUGUGCAGUGGGAGGGACAGUGCCAUGCACCUCCAGCCGCUGUGAUGCGGCCUCAGGAGAGGACAAUGAGAGUGAAGCUUCGCAGUGUGGUGCAGCAAGUUUGUCUAGGCUGCGCCGCCCUCACCGUCUGUGUGUUGGUCUUGCAAAAUUUAGCGCAGGGCCUGCGUGAUUCUGGCCGUGGAGGCGACACGGCCUCCACCACAUACCCCGUGGCACAUGGCUGGCCCGAGCGUGCCCCUAGGUCCCUCAACAGGGACUAUAUGCCCGCUGGAGGGGAGAACACCUUGGAGGAGGUGGUUGAGGAACCAGGAAGAGUGAAGGAGGAGGAGGAAGAAGAAGAGAGGAGAAGAGGACUGUUGAACACUCUGGUGGCUACAGCGACGGCCAAGCCAGCCACGACCCUCGACGAUAUCUUCAUCAGUAUCAAGACCACUAAGGCCUUCCAUAAGACUCGUCUAGACCUGGUGCUCAAGACCUGGUUCAGCCUAGCACGUGAGCAGACUUGGUUCUUCACUGACACUGACGAUGCUGAGUACCAACACAAAACAGGAGGUCACUUGGUCAACACCAACUGCUCAGCGUCACACAACAGACGGGCACUCUGCUGUAAGAUGGCCAGUGAGUUCGAUGCGUUCCUGCAGAGCAACAAGAGGUGGUGGUGUCAUUUCGACGACGAUAACUACGUAAACGUGCCGCAGCUGGUGACUACCCUUGCUGACUACGACCCACAACAGGACUGGUACCUGGGCAAGCCUUCCAUCCGUGCUCCGCUGGAGAUCAUCAACAGAGACAACGUCUCGGUAAGUCUUGUUUCCCGUUGAUACUGUUGCUCGCUA